AUGGUACGAACACCAUGUUGCAGAGCAGAAGGGUUGAAGAAAGGAGCAUGGACGCAAGAAGAAGACCAAAAGCUCAUUGUCCACGUUCAACUUCACGGUGAAGGAGGAUGGCGAACCCUUCCCGAUAAAGCUGGACUCAAAAGAUGUGGCAAAAGCUGCAGACUUAGAUGGGCCAAUUACCUUAGACCUGACAUUAAGCGUGGAGAGUUUAGCCAAGAGGAUGAAGAUUCCAUUAUCAACCUCCAUGCCAUUCAUGGCAACAAAUGGUCGGCUAUAGCUAAUAGGUUACCGGGAAGAACAGACAAUGAAAUCAAGAACCAUUGGAACACACACAUCAAGAAACGUUUAGUCAAGAAAGGUAUUGAUCCGUUGACCCACAAAUCUCUUCUUGAUGGUGCUGGUAAAUCAUCGGACUAUCCGGAAACAGAGCCAGAUAAAAGCAGCGUUGAUCAUGUGGAAGAUGAUCAUAAGAAGUCAACCAUUAAAAAAUCUUCAGGAUCACCAUCAGCUCGGUUCUUGAACAGAGUAGCUAACAGAUUUGGUAAGAGAAUCAACCACAAUGCUCUAUCUGAUAUUAUUGGAAGUGGUGGCCCACUUACUAGUCACACUACACCUACACGUGCUUCUGAAUGUGAGAAGUCAACCAGCUCUUCCUCCACCCCAACCUCUUCGAAUCUCCUCGUUAGCCAAAACAUGAAUCUUGAUGCAAAAUCUUUGUCCUCGUACACGUUCUCCGACAACUCCCCCGUUAACGAUCCGUUAAUGUACGAUAAUAUGUUCGAUGAUAUAGAAGAUAUCGCGGAAUUUGCAUCUGGAUUUAUGAGUGAUGUUGUUUCUCAUGAUGAUGAAGAUUUCUUGAUGUUGGAUGAGUCUUGUUUGGAGAACACCUUGUUCAUGAGGGAACUUACAAUAAUUCUUCAAGAGGACAAAAUUGAGACGACUUGGUUUAAGGAUAGCCAGGUGACGCCGAUCAAUGAGGUUGAUGAUGCCUCCUUUGAAGAGUUUGACCACUAUUUUGGUUGA